GACCCACCCCGUUGUUUACAGUGUGGGGGAGAAUUCAAAAUACAAUGCACACUCACUCAUCCAGCAGUGGAGUUGCUCGAUGGCUUGUGCGCCUAUAAAUCCGGCAGGGGCGUGGUGAGCGGUGGUGAGCGUGUGGUGAGUGAUGUGCUGAAUGAUUGGGCAGUGGUUGGUAAUGUGGUGAGCGAUAGUGAGUGAUGGUGGUCAGUGGCGGUGAUAAGGUGAGUUGGUGGUGAGUGAUGGUAGGUGAUGUGGUGAGUCCUGGCGAGUGAUGGUCAAUCACGAUGGUGACUGCUUGGGGGGUGGUGAGUGACGUGGUGAGCAUUCCUCACCAACCCGGCGUGACAUCACGUACCUGCGUCACGUGACGAAGUGCUGCCACACCUAUGGUGGAUGUGACGUCACUCGCACCGAGUUCCCAGCCUUUACCUAUACUGCUCACCCCAAUCCCUCGCUCCAAUCCCAUCACCCUUAACACCUCUGCCCAAUUCCCAAAUCCCUUUGCCCUCUGCUGUCAAUGGUCCCCUCCUUCCCCAAACUCCUUCACCUCCAUUCAUGACCAUCGGCCCUGGAUGUUACCCCCCUCCCUGACUCCCACAGUCACCCCCCCCCCCCUAACCAGCAAACAACCGCACCCCCCCCCCGCCCACUGUAACCCCUCGAUUAGGCAACCAGAAGGAAGAGAUGGCCGCCCGGCUACCGGACGUGACGGAGCAGGCGAUGGCGAGGGACGAGGGCGCGGGGCGGCCCGGGAGGAGGAAAGAUCUCGGCGGGUUCACCGACUCGGCCGAGAGCGCCACCACCGCCACCUCUGCCACCCCAGUGUACUUCCUGCUGCACAGCCCCGUGGCGCUGGCGCUGGGCGUGGUGCAGCUCGUGCUCGCCUGUGCCGUGCUGGCGCUCGGCUUCGUCGACAUGGCCAUGCGGCGGCAGACGGCGCUCGUGCAGACACGCAUCCCCAUCGUGGCCGGCGCGCUGCUGGCCGUGCCGGGAGUCCUCGCGCUCUCCGCAGGUUUCAACAAAAACAUCAACGUGGUGCUCGCAUGGCUGCUGGGCUCCCUGAGCGCCGCGGCUGCCUGCCUCGCGGUGUUCAUCUACGCCGCCCUCACGCUGCACUUCAGCCGCGACGAGCUCGCCUACAUCCACUCCAGCAUGGACAUCUUUGUCUUCAAUGAGUACACGGCACACGACCAGCUGGCGCGCGGCGCCAACGCGGCCCUGCUGGUGACGGCGCUACUGAGCAUGGGCUUCUGUGGCUACGCGGCGUGGUUCGCCAUUCGCUGCCUGCGCCACUCCUGGGCGCCACCGCACGGGGUCUGCUGCUCCUGCCUGGAGGUCGAGCUGGAGCUGGGAGCGGUGGCCCUGCUCGAUGAGGAUGAAGAUGACGAUGACUCUUUCCUCCACACGGAGCUCUCCGACCUUUCACCUGAUCCAGGGGAGAGUGCACGAACUUCCUUCAGCACGUCCGUUCUUGUACAGCAGAACCCUGAUGAUGACGUUGGUGGUGAUGGUGGUGAUGGGGUUGGCAAGAGCGUGGGGUGAGGGUGAAACUGAGACUCACACCCUCACCACACGAUUACCUCCUCCUCACCACGCACUCACCACACCCUCACCACACCCUCACCUCCUCUUCACCACACACUCGCCACACCGUCACGGCACCCUCAUCUCCUCAUCAUAUACUCACCUCACCCUCACGUCUGCCUCACCACACACUCACCACACACUCACCACACAUUCACCACACCCUCACUUAACCCUAGCCUCAUCCUUACCUCAUCUCACCAUCAACUCACCUUACCUCACCAUCAACUCACCCUUACCUCACCUACAGCAGGUGAUGGGUGAAGUCUCUUUUUGGGAAGUGGGGCUACAAUAUUAUUUGGAGGAGGUGGGGUGAAUUUUUUUAAGAUAAAUAUUUUAAAAUAAAACGUGUUUUAAUGAAUGUUGUAAAAUAUAAAUGUCUAGAAACAAGAGGGGGGGGGGGUGCCAGGUCCCCACUGGCAGAGCACGCGGUGGGCAUACAGAGCCAAGGGUGCCCCCCCCCACCCCAGGUGUCCCCCCCCCACCCCACGUGCCCCCCCCACGCCCCCUCCUCAC